GAACGCCUGACGAUAUUCUACCAGUACAUUGUGUUAUUUGUGAACUCCUCUGAAACUUGUUCUUGUGGGGAGAUAUUCAACAACGCCUCAAUGUUUUGCAAAAAAAGAGAUUGCGCUUAAGAAAUGGAAGUUUUAAGAAGCAUGUUCAAUGAAGAUGAUGUUGGUUCUGUGAUUCCGACAUCAAGAACGGACAAAAAUCGAGAUGAGAGAAAGGAUUUUAAGGAUAAUGGCAAAAGGCAAAGCGGAGUUAGAAUUUGUCUGGCUCUUGGGCUAUAUGUGGUUUUGCAUAUAUGCCACCGAUAUACACGGGUUCUUUAUCUAAAGAGAAGUGAGAUCAAUUUGUUUUACAUUUGGAUUAACUCUGGACUUGUGAUGAUUCUAAUCGGUUUCUACAACCGGUACAGAUACCAACGUCGUCUAAGCUUCUUGCUUCACACUAGACCCCUGAAGACCCAUCCAGAGAUAAGCCUUUAUGCACUUUUUGUUGCUGUCGAUGGAACUCAUUCAAAUGGGUUCUAUAACACAUCAGGUGGCAAGGAAGUCCACCAGCUUGGCAUGGCUAUCAGCCCAUUAUGUGUCAUCAUGGCCGCACUGUGGUUCCGGCCUGAUGGUGGUCACACAUCAAAGAUCAGAGGAGCUAUAGCAAUGUGUUCCAUUCUGAUGCUGAUAUUAUUCAGUGCUGAGUAUGAUGUGUAUAUCCCAUAUCAUGUAACAGUCAUGACCGCCAUAUGGGCCAUACUGCAUGGCAGCCUUCUUGCUGGGUUUGCCCUCAUGGCAAAAUAUUACUUACAUGAGAUGUCUUUAUCCCAGAUUAUCCACUCUAUGAAUCUUUCGUGUGUUGUGCUGUUGCCGGUAGUGAUGGUACUCACUGGAGAACUCAGCCUUCUACUAACAGGCACAUUGCCAGGACAAAGAAAUACCAUAGUGCCUGUCUAUGGCAUUAUCGUCAUGGCAAUUCUUCAACUUCUGAAUCAGAUUGCCAGCCUUCACUUGGUGAAUGUGACAUCUCCGCUGCAUUACCUUGCCUCGAGAGGCUUAGCUUGGGUCCCUGUCACACUUAUCAUCACGUUCGGCUUCAGGAUAGAGAUGCUGAUAUCAACUUUCAAAGGCUUCUUUAUAGCCGUAGGGGUAUUCUUAAUGUCACUGGUAGAAGAAUUGAGGAAGCCAAAGUUGUGAGUCAUAAAUGAAAAAAGUAUGAAUCCUAGUGUAUGUUAUUGCUGCUGGUUAAACACUCAAUUAUAUAUCUUUUCUAAUUUUUUUAAAAGAUUGAUAAUACUUGUAUCAAUAAUGCAAGCUGUAAGAGGCACUUUCCGCCCAUUGUACCUUUUUGCUAAAUUUCCUUUGAUUUCCUUUUUUUUUGCGCAAAAAAAAUCAUCCUUGCAAUUUGUCAUCUUUUUAUUUCAAAAAGCUAUUUUUUUGUUAUUCUCUUCAUGUUAGCAAUAAGAACGCAUUUCAUUUUUGGGAAGUGUUCCUAUGAUAUAAUUCGUACAUAAACAUUUUUUUGUAAAUAAAAAUAAUAAUGGAGAAAAGUCAUGAUUAGAGUACUAGAAACGUUGUCUAAAUGAGCUGUAAUCGUGUCGUUAAAUCAAUAAAUGGCCCGUAGUUAGA